UAGUGUUGAACAUGAUAAGUGAUAAGUCUCUUUUAAAGAGUACGUGGCAGUGACGUCAAUAUUUGUGUUAAGACCCGGAUAUUAUUCACAGCCUGCACAGUUCAGCCAUCAGAGAGGCAGAGUGGUGAUGAGUUGGUGCCUUGAUGAACGCACGUCGCCGUCACGGUCCUAGAAGCAGCCAGGACGGGGUGUACACUGGGCCAUCUCUGACCCAGUCCCAGCUGGUCCAGCAGCUGGAAACCCCCCUGGCUGUCCCAGCACCCAUCGCUCCCAUCGUGGACACAUUGAGCAUGUCCUGCCGAGACCGUACCGGCGAGUUUCAGUCUGUGUGCAAGUCCCUGCAGGGGAGACAGAAUGGAGCACAGCCUGUCAGAGCUGUCAACAGUGCAGUCAGGCAGCGGAGUGAAUUCACACUCUUUGCUAAGCGAAUUGGAAGAGACCUCAGCAACACUUUUGCCAAGUUGGAGAAGCUCACAAUUCUGGCCAAAAGAAAGUCCCUUUUUGAUGACAAAGCAACUGAAAUCGAUGAACUCACUUACAUUGUGAAACAGGACAUCAACAGUCUGAAUAAGCAGAUAGCUGGCCUGCAGGAACUCGUUCGAUCACGGAGUGGACAGAAUGGCAGACAUCUUCAGACACAUUCCAACACCAUUGUAGUCUCAUUACAGUCCAAACUGGCAUCGAUGUCAAGUGACUUCAAAUCAGUACUGGAGGUCAGAACAGAGAACUUGAAGCAGCAGAGAAGUAGACAAGAGCAGUUUUCACAGACUCCUGCCUCCUCAUCCGCUUUCCAUGCCAACGGCUUCAACAAUUCAGUUCUUAUGCAGGACGACACCAAGAAGACUGAUAUAUCUAUAGAUAUGGACCUCAACUCCAGUCAGCAGAUGCAGUUAAUCAAUGAACGGGAUUCAUACAUUCAGAACCGUGCAGACACUAUGCAGAAUAUAGAGUCCACCAUUGUGGAGCUUGGCUCCAUAUUUCAGCAGCUGGCUCACAUGGUGAAAGAACAGGAAGAGACCGUACAGAGAAUUGAUGCUAAUGUAGAGGACACUCAGCUGAAUGUGGACCUUGCGCACACAGAGAUACUCAAAUAUUUCCAGUCUGUGUCCAACAACCGCUGGCUGCUCAUCAAGAUCUUCCUAAUCCUCAUCAUCUUUUUCAUUGUUUUUGUGGUUUUCAUGACCUGAUGUCCACUCUAAAGAGGAGCAGCUUUGAGGAAUCAGGGGAUUCUCAGUGUUUGAAUAGUGAAAGGGCCUGUUGUCUCUUUCUCUUUCUGUCUUUUCUCUGCUCUUUCUAUGCUCACUGGCUGCUGAUGUUUCUUUUAGUGAUCUCUUUCCCAAAAUUGGUGAAUUUAUAAGAUGCAAAUCCAGUAUAGGCAGAGCAGUUGUCAGUUUGUAGUCAAUUUAAAAAGAAUGUUUAAUUUAUACCUAUGUUUGUACAUUUCAAAUUCAGUCUGUUUGGUAUCUGUAAAGAACUCUUGGAAAUGAUGAACACACAGAUUACAGAGAUAUAUCCAUGAGUAAAGCCAGCAAUCAUGACAUGGAUAAGGAACCACUGUUUUAACAUAUUCUUGAUCAGUGUGAUUGGCAUUAAUCAUGUUAUGCACCUACAGACAUCACUACUUCUAAGACUUUAUGCAUUUGCGUUUUUUUUCUCUCUUUUGUCUAAAUAUCCUUUUAGAGAGGACUUUAUACAGGAGUUUGUAACAGAAUCUCUCUUAUAUUCUGACUGCUGCCGUAAACCAGCAAGCCAUCUCAAAUGGUGGUAAUGCUUCUACACUUUUAUGGUGACACUGCCUAGAGGUUUUUACGUGUAUUCUUUGUAUUUUUGAUUUUGGGAUCAAUUUCCACUGUCCUAAAUACAUCUGGUUCAGCAAGUAAGAGAUCAGUAUUUGAAGCUAGUGGCCUUAUCCAAAUUUUAGUCAAAGCAGAGAAAUGCUUUAACAUGAAAUUUGAACAUAAUUCAAACAGGAAUGAAUAUUUUUUUUUCAUUUCAGUGGAUGUUUUAAUCAUCUUUCACAUUCUUGUUUGUACAUUAAUGUUCUGCUUGUUGAAAUUUCACUGUGUACGGUUUCAGGGGAUCCAUGAAAAUGCAGCUUUCCAGAUCUCAACGUAAAUAUUGUUUUCUGUAGAAUACAUCCAAUUGUGUUUAACUGGACAUUGAGAUUGGGGGAAAGUCCCACCCCACAAUUUGUGAAACGCAUACUGUAAAGAUUUUAAAAAAUGGAAAUAGAAAUGUAUGCUUUGUCGUAA